CUUCAGCUGUGGUUCAAACAGACGAAAGUGGCGGAUAACCGAUCUUAUGCUGUCUGCAAAUUCGACAACUGUAAACACAAAUUUACGUUGCAUGGCAAUCCUGCUUCAUCUAACAUUGUAAGGCGUUUAAUGCGGCAACCUAAAGCUGAUUACGAGCUGCUCCGGAAAGAAUUGAGAUGCAACCAAAGAAUUCUAGAAGCCUUCCCCUCUGUUUCUUCGAGUUACCAAGGGCCGUUCUCGUUUAGCAGGAGAUUCCUUCAGUUCCUAUCCCUCCAUAAACCUAGGCCUAGUCAAUUCAAUGUUUUCAUUGACGGACUCAUGCCGUUCAGCUUAGUUGAAUCGUAAGUCAUGAAAACAUUUCUGAACUUUCUCGACACAUCCGGUCGCCCGAUUUUAUUGUCAAGAAAAGGGCACGUUAGCCUUUUGAGAGACUAUGAAAUUGAGUUCAACAAGCAGUUGAAACGAACCAUGCGUAAUUCUUCAAAUUUCGACAUCUUGAUUGACAUGCGGACAUCAUCCAGUCAAAAAAGCUACCUAGCCGUCUUGGUUUCCUUCUGCCCCAAUCUGGCAAAUCACGCCUCGAGAAAGUUGACGUGACAACUCGUGGAAAUUACAACACACAUGUGCUAGAUUUCAUAGACUUGAGCGAUCAGCGACGCACAGGUGAUAACGUGAAAACCGCCUUAUUAGCAUGUUUGCCCAAAAAUGCAAUUAGCCACAAGGUUAGUAGCAUUGCCUUGGAUAAUGGGUCGAAUAAUCUUUCGAUGCUUGGGUGUAGCAUUAGCGGUGUUGGCGCCUUGUCAACAUUAGGUGUAUGAAUCAUGUGUUGAACAUGGUCUUUGCAGAUCUGUUCCAGAGCUUCGAAGAACGUCACGCUUCGUUGCUGUCGAAAAUCGACAAACUUGCCUAUCUCACUAAGAGCAACGUCUACAUUCGUGAAAAGAUUCACUCUUAGAUUCCAUAUUCGAUCCUUAAGCUUAAUCAAGCAAGGUUUUUAUCACGUUACCGUCAACUUGGAGUCUUCCUUAAGGUUUCGAAGGGUGCUAAAGAGUUCUUUUUUGAGAAUUGCUUUGACCAUAGUACUAGCUUACGCCAGAUCAGUGCUUGAUUUUUUGUUAUGAACAGAAAGAAGUGAAAAUUGUCACAUUUCUUUUACGUUUAACGCACAUUUUCAAAGAAUUUACGAUGCUGCUACAGGGUGAGUCUACCAGCUCUCUCAUCAAUGGAAUUGAAUACCACAUGAAUUUAUGUCAAUAUUACGACUUCGUUGAGAAUUUGUCAAGCGGCUCGGAUGACACCCCGUUAUUGAAAAACCUCGGACUUAAACCGUCACAUCUGCCACCAUAGGAAUCUCAGGAGCAGAUGCUAGGUCUUUUUUGAGCUCGCGUCCCAAAUUUGAAAGUACAGGACGGUCGCUUAUAAUGAGCCCGGGUAUUGGGUGGUUUAUCUUUUGCAACCCCAUCUUAAGGCAAACCGACUAAGCAGAGCUUUCGGGAAGCCUUUCAGGUAUGAAGCUCUCGAAAUGGCUGAAAAAUAUGUUAAUUAUUGUAAGCUAUUCACCGAAACGAAUGAGAGCAGUCUUGAUGGUAAGGAAGCGACUUCAAAAGCCAGCGAUAGCAGAAACAGAAAACCAAAUAAUGGAGAUAAUGUCUCAAUACUUCGAUGGGGAUUCAAGGAGCAAUUACAGUGCUGCUCAAGAUGAAUGGCAUGUAUAUGAAAAAGACGAAUCUUACGUGGAUAGUUGGCUAAAAAAUCAAGCCCGUUUCCCUGCCCUUUCCUUCUACAAUACCAAGUUAUCGACAGCCGAUGUAGAGAGGUGCUUUUCCGUAAGCAGGAGGGUUCUCGACAGUAGAUUUUCGUUAGCCAGCGCAAAUCUUAUAAGUACAACGAUAUUUCGCAAUCGAUUGAAAUGUUUUAAUUUGAGCUCAGAUACGUAAAUUACUGAAGACAUUCCAGUAGGGGCACGGAUGAUGAAUGAGGAGGACGACGGUUCAGCGAAUAACGAAUUUAUGGAACCUAACAAUGCAAGCGACGGAAGCGACACAAAUAAUCAUAUCCCAAGCCUAGUGAACAGGCCCAAACUGACAGGAUAG